AUGACGUCUUCCGUUCGACGUUGGGAUGUCCUGAAGAAGUAUCUGCCUAACCUGUCACUGAAGCCAUUGAGCAAUAGUAUGUGGGGAAGUCGCGUCGAUGCACUUACGCCCCUGAGGUUUCAAAUUGGAGGCGUUUAUGAUGCACUGGUUCAGAUAUCAGAAGAAUUCGAUGGCAUGACCGCUCACGAAGCAACGUCACUUGCGAAUCCAAUAAAAAAUUCCACCCUUCUGACUUCUCUGGUAAUCUGGUACGACGUUCUGCUUCACAACAGUGUAGUCAGUAAGACCCUCCAGACCAUUGACAUACAUGUUUCUGAGACUGUGGAAAUGCUUGAAAAAACGAAAGUAUAUUUUGAGACCAGGAGAACAGAAGAAAUGUUUGUGUCUUUCUUGACAGAUUCCAAAGAAUUGGCUACAGAAUUAGAGCUAGAAGAUCUAACGUUACCACAUGAGUCAAGCGACAUUCAUGCACUGGAGUUGAGGGAAGAACUAAAAAUGCUUUCAACAUUGUUGAAACCUGGAAUAGGUUCAAAAGAGACUCUGAAGUUUAUAGGAAGACAUAAUUUUUGCCCUAAUGUUAACAUUGCUCUGAGAAUUCUCCUAACACUCCCAGUGACAGUUGCGAGUGGAGAGAGGAGUUUCUCAAAACUGAAAUUGAUAGAGACAUACCUCCGAUCAACGAUGAGCCAAACUCGUUUGAAUGAUCUUGCAACAAUAUCGAUUGAGAACGAGCUUGCAGAGGACUUAAAUUACACAGAUCGUGUGAAAGAGUUUGCACAAGCAAAAGCCAGGAAUGUUCGAUUUACCUAG